CACGGCGCAAGCACGGAACACACACGAGCCUUCGCCCGACAGCUAAAAAAAAGCCUAAAACCCUAAAGUCCCCGCCUCCGCCUCUCUGUGCUUCCCGGCAAUCAUGGAAGGCGUCGAAAUGGAAACGGCGCCGCCGGAAAAACUAUCCAGCGAGGACUUUUGUUCAGCCGUCCUCUCUCAGUUCAGCCGCUCAAACAACGAGCACCACCUCCACAUCUGCGCUGCCAUAGGGGCCAUGUCCCAGGAGCUGAUUGAUCAGAACCUCCCUCUCACCCCCAUCGCCUACUUCGGUGCCACCUGCUCCUCCAUCGAUCGUCUCUCUUCGAGCGUCGACGCCCCCUGUCACCUCUUGGAAGCCCUGCUCACCAUCUUGUCCCUAGUUAUUGACAGAUUUUCUCCCUCCGUACUUAGAUCGAAAUUUGAUUACCUAUCGGAACUUCUGAUUCGGGUGCUUGGGGCGAAGUCCGUCGGAGUUAACGGCCUUGUGCCGGGGAUGAAGUGUGCUUCGCGGUUGCUGGUGGUGAGGGAAAAGGUGAGCUGGGCUGAUGUGGCUCAGCUUUACGGCGUUCUCAUUGGUUAUAUUGCUGAUGAACGGCCUAAGGUAAGGAAACAAUCACAUUUGUGCCUGCGUGAAACUCUGGAGUAUUUUCAUUUAGCACCGGCCAUUGCACCAUUGGUGGCACCUGCUAGUGAAUCCAUUACGAAUGUCUUUGAGAGGUUUCUUCUUAUUGCUGGAGGAUCAAAUGCAACCGCUUCAGAAGGACCCAAGGCAGCACAGGAGGUCCUUUACAUUCUGGAUGCUCUUAAAGCCUGUCUUCCUUAUAUGUCAUCAAAAUCCUCCACAAACAUCUUGAAAUACUUCAAAUCCCUUUUGGAACUCAGACAUCCUAUUGUUACCAGACGCAUAGCUGAUGGUCUUAAUGCCCUGUGUCUGCAUGCCGUUGGUGAAAUUUCUGCGGAAACCCUUACUGAAUUAUUAUGCUCUUUAAUUACCUCGGUUUCCCCAGAUGAGUCGUCUGCUGAUAGCAUGACAUUCACUGCUCGUUUGCUGGACACUGGGAUGAAAAGAGUUUAUUCUCUUAAUAGGCAAAUUUGUGUGGUCAAGCUUCCCCUUGUUUUCAAUGCAUUAAAAGAUAUUUUGGCUUCUGAGCAUGAGGAGGCUUCAGUAGCAGCAGUGGCAACAUUUAAAAGCUUAAUACACUCAUGCAUAGAUGAGAGUUUGAUCAAACAGGGUGUUGAUCAGAUUACAGUCAAUGCUGAUGCAGCCACAAGGCAAACAAGCCCAACUGUCAUAGAAAAAAUUUGUGCAACUGUUGGAAGCCUGCUCGAUUAUCAUUACGAACCAGUUUGGGAUAUGUCGUUUCAAGUUGUUUCAACCUUGUUUGACAAACUAGGAACACUCAAGAGUUUAGCUGAUAUGCAGAAGAUGCCAGACGAAGACUUCACUUUCAAGAAACAGAUUCAAGAUCUAUCUGAGAGCAAUCUAUGGCUUUUUCCGAUACUGAAACAGUAUACCGUCGGUGCAAACCUAAGUUUUUUUACAAACUCAAUUUUACCCAUGAUUGUUGAAAUGAAGAAGAAAUCUGCAGAGUUCGAGCGUGUAGGAAUAUUACAUUCAGCUAGAAGUGUCGAUGGGAUUGUGUACUCCUUGUGGUCAUUGCUACCGUCAUUUUGCAACUACCCACUUGACACCGCAGAAAGUUUCAAGGUUCUGGAGAAAGCACUAUGUACUGCUCUUCAAGAAGAACCUGAAGUCCGUGGGCUAAUAUGUUCUGGCUUACAAAUUCUUAUUCAGCAAAAUAAGAGAAUCCUGGAAGGAAACCAGGAUCGUCCGAGCACCGAAAUAGGUGUUGCUGAAGAAAGGGCUAUGACCCUCUAUACUGCAGAUGUUGCUGGCUCUAAUUUGCAUGCAUUGAAAUCCUCUGCUCGUGAGCUGUUGACGGUUCUUACUGGGAUCUACUCCAAGUCUUCUAAAGAUACUAUUGGCAUUUUGCAGUCUACAAUUGUUGAGCUUGCUUCAAUAUUGGAGAAGAAAACUGUCUCAUCGUUUUUCAAGAAAACCAUGCAGAAGCUUCUUACAGUUACUCAGGACGUGGGCAUAUUAAGGAACAACAAAGAUUCAAAUGCCAUGCAGGUUGACGAUUCAUCUGGUGCAGCUUCCCUAUCAACAGCAAGGGCACAAUUAUUUGACAUUGCUGUUUCCCUUUUACCUGGGUUGGGUUCCAAGGAAAUUGAUCUUUUGUUCACUGCUGUAACACCUGCAUUGAAGGACGUUGAUGGUUUGAUUCAGAAGAAGGCGUACAGAGCUCUAUCAUUGAUACUGCAGACCUCGGAUGACUUUAUUUCAAGGAAACUCGAGGUGGUUCUCAGCCUGAUGAUUGAAGUACUGCCUUCUUGUCAUUUUUCUGCCAAACGUCAGAGGCUGGACUGUUUAUAUUUCCUCAUCAUCCAUGCUAUUAAGGAAGGCUCUGAAAAGAGGAGGCAUGACAUCACUGCUUCUUUCCUUACGGAAAUUAUACUAGCACUAAAAGAGGCUAACAAGAAAACAAGAAAUAGGGCAUAUGAUAUUCUUGUCCAGAUUGGUCAUGCAUGUGGAGAUGAGGAUCAAGAUGGCGAGGAGAAAUUGUGCCAAUUCUUCAACAUGGUUGCUGGAGGCCUGGCGGGUGAGACACCUCACAUGAUCAGUGCUGCUAUGACCGGCUUAGCUCGAUUGGCUUAUGAGUUCUCAGACCUUGUUUCUGCUGCUUAUAAUGUUCUCCCAUCCGCUUUUCUCCUUCUUCAAAGAAAAAACAAAGAAAUAAUUAAGGCUAAUUUAGGUUUGCUGAAGGUACUGGUUACCAAGUCACAAGCUGAAGGCCUGAAGGCGCAUUUGCGCGGCAUGGUGGAAGGUUUGCUGAGCUGGCAAGAUAGCACCAAGAACCAUUUCAAAGCAAAAAUUAAACUGCUGCUUGAGAUGCUUGUGAAGAAAUGUGGUCUGGAUGCAGUUAAGGAAGUCAUGCCUGAAGACCAUAUGAAACUCCUAACCAAUAUAAGAAAGCUCAAGAAUCGGAAAGAGAAGAAACAGGCUGCCAAAUCAUUGGAUGACAGGUCCAUUCUAUCAAAAGCAACUACAUCCAGUGAUGGUGAUGGUGAAUUUACAGACGGAAAAAGUAUUGUUGGCCGGCGCAGCAAGUAUUCUUCAGCUGUACAAUCCAAAUCAUCUCUUUUACGAUCCAAGAAAAGCCGAAAGGCAGCAAAGAGCUUGCAAGAAGAUUCAUUCGACCAAUUAGAUGACGAGCCUCUCGACUUGCUAGAUACCCAGAGAACGAGGUCUGCCCUUCGCUCGUCACAACCACAAAGAAUGAAAAACGAUGAGUCGGAUGACGAGCCCUUGAUUGAUCCUGAUGGGCGUCUGGUUAUUCAGGAGGAAGGUAAGAACAAAAAGGCCGAUAGGAAAAAGAAGCGGGAAUCUUUGGACGCUGAGGAAAAUGAUGGAAAAAGUGAUGCAGGAAGUAACUUGUCUUCGAAAUCUGUGAAAACCCAGAAAAGGAGAAAGACCUCGGAAAGUGGGUGGGCCUACACGGGUAAAGAGUAUGCCAGCAAGAAGGCAGGUGGUGAUGUGAAGAGGAAAGAUAAGCUCGAGCCAUAUGCCUAUUGGCCGCUCGACCGGAAAAUGGUGAGUCGUAGGCCGGAGCACAGGGCUGCAGCCAGAAAAGGCAUGGCGAGUGUGGUGAAGCUGACCAAGAGGCUUGAAGGGAGGAGUGUGUCCAGUGCGCUUUCUGUCAAGGGGGUGGCUUUGAAGAACAAAAGAAAAGGGAGUAAAAAGAAAUUUUAAUUUUUUUUUGUAUGUUUUGUGGAAAAUGUGUAAUCAGAGCAUUGCUUUUGAUGUGGUCGAGUUUUUAUGGUGGCAUUUCGAUUUACCAUUUUUUUUCUUUGGUGGUGUUUAUUUAUAGCGCCACAUGGUGCAAAGUACCCUUGUCUUGCGAUUCCUGAGUGAACCGAGUUUUGCAUGGAAAUGUAAGAAGAACGUAGAGAUUUUUUAUUUUUUAUUUUUGGUUUGCGGAGGAUUUUGACUUGUUUUAUAAAUCUUUUCAUUGAAAGUAUGUGUUCUAUUGAUCUGCCAUCAAUUAUUCAUUAUUCUUAUUCAAUUUGAAUUUCAGUUUUGUACUAUUAUAUUUCCUACAUCUGCAAUUUCGG